CGAGAGGUGGCGUGUGCCGGCGGUGUGGUGGUGUGGUGGUGAGCACUGGCCCAGGUCCGUGCGGUCUAGAGUGCCCCGGUGUGUGGUGUUGUUAGUGGGUGUGGUAUAGUGGGUGUGGUGUUGGUCGUGGUGUUGGUGGCGGUGGUAGUAGUGGUGUUGGUGGUAGAGGCGGUGGUGGUGGAGGCGUGGAGUACCACCCUCCUGCCCCUCCUCAGCCGCCUCCUCCUGCUGCCCAGCCCUCCACACGACGGCCUCACCACGGCUUCUGUCCUCUCUACAGUGCCAAGAGCCAGAGGGUCAGUGUGGUGCCACAGUCAUGGGAUGACCAGCGUCAUGGCAGCAACACAACGCUUCGGGCUGGCGCCAGGGGAAGCCCGGAGAGGGGCGGGGUGACGUGGUCCUUGUGAGGAGCCCCUGGGGCGUCCACGACCCCCAGGGGAGGAUCGCCCCCCGGCGACCCACGUGACACGCGCCCACGCCCCGCGCCCACGACCCAUCAUGAACAUCGCCAAGCUGCGGCACACGUUUAUGCGGUCUCGGACGCCCACGGGCGCCGAGAUGAAGCAGCAGAACAGCUUGGAAGUGCCGCCGCAGAUCCGCUCUGCCUCAUUCGACGAAAUGCAGCUCAAGCCGGGCCGCCGCGAGUCCUCGUCGUCGUCCUCUUCGCCGGCGGAGCGACAGUCGUUCCUGCUCCGCGUGCCCUACCUGGGCCCCAAGCGGUCCAAGAGCUUCGACUCGGGCUGCGGCGACGUCGACGACUCCUUCGCCUCCUCCCGCAAGAGGAGCUCGCGGCCCUCCUCGCUCGACAAGGCCAGCCAGCAGUGCGUGCACUGCGUGUACCUGGAGGAGCUGUCCCGGCGGUGCGACUGCGACGGCAGAAGAAUCCCGUAUAACAUGUCGCUGGACUUCGUCAGCAGCCUCGAUAGCUCGCGGGAGGAGGCGGAGGACGAGGACGAGGAGGACUGGGACGAGGACAGCUCGAGCGACGAGCUGCACGAAGUCAUCUGCGGGAUCAAGGUGACGCUGAGUCCGAACUCGCCGUCGUCGGCGUCGCCCACGCAGGAGGAGGUCUCGCUGCCGGCGUCCACGGCGUCCUCCCCGCGCAACAAGACGGCGUCGCCCAAGCUGGAGCGGCAGCCCGCCAUCUUCCACAUGAACACCAGCACAGAGCUCAGCUCGCAAGAAAACAGUUUCGACCUGAGCGACGGAGGCUACAGCCACCACGGCUCCUUCCUGUACCUGGGCUCCUCGAGCGAGUACGGCGACGGGGAGCAGGCGGCGGAGCACGCGCAGGAGCACGCCGGGGAGCAGGCGGGGGAGCUGGGCGCGCCGCACAGGGGCCGAGGGGCAGGGGCGGAGCAGCGGCACGGGGAGGAGGGCAGCGUGACGGACGUGUUCCUGGAGGUGCCGACGAGGCGGGACCGCGCCGCCUCCCUCGACAUCUCGUUCGCCAGCUUCCCGAAGCCCGAGGAGCUGCUCAAGUCCAACACGACGGGCCUCACGCGCUCCGUGUCCCUCGAGCCGCCCAAGUCCCUCCGCUCCAAGAGCAUCGACAUCGAAUUACCGACCGAGGAAGACGGUGACUACAAGGUGGUGGUGACCUCGCCCAAGGCGCAAAAGAAGGCGAUUAAUUCUGAGGUGGAGAUACAGUGUGAGAAUGGAGAGCGCCGCGUCCUCCGCUCCACCUGCGACUGGGCGGAAGGAGCCAUCAACGGGGACCAUCUGUGGUGCCCGACCUCCGCCUCCGGGGACCUCUGCUAUGUGGGCGACGACUACUGCUGCAAAACGGGACCUCGGAUGAAAUGCUCGGCCUGCAAGAUCAUCUCGCACACGGGAUGCAUAGCGGCCCUGGUGGAACGUGUUAAGUUCACGUGCAAACCGACGUUCCGCGAUGUGGGUCCCCGUCAGUACCGCGAGCAGACGGCGACGCACCACCACUGGGUUCAUCGCCGGACCCAGAAGGGGAAGUGCAAGCAGUGCGGCAAGGGGUUCCAGUCGAAACUGCUAUUUGGUUCGAAGGAGAUUGUGGCGAUCAGCUGUUCCUGGUGCAAGUCUGCCUACCAUAACAAGGAGAGCUGCUUCAACAUGAGUAAGAUUGAGGAAACGUGUUCUCUUGGACUCCACUCCAGCAUCAUCGUCCCGCCCUCGUGGAUCGUGAAGCUUCCCCGGCGCGGCUCCUUCAAGUCUUCGCUCCGCAAGUCCCCCAAGAAGAGGGCGUCCACCAAGAGGAAGGGGCGUGACAAGGAAGACGGCGAAGACAAGGAGGAGACCGACGAGGAAUUAUCCGAUGGCGCUGACGGCUGCACCACGGACGAGGAAAAUGAGAAGGAGAGUCGCCCGUUCGCCAUCAAGCCGAUCCCCAACGCCAACAUCCGGCCCGUGAUCGUCUUCAUCAACCCGAAGAGCGGCGGGAACCAGGGCGCCAAACUCAUGCAGAAGUUCCAGUGGCUCCUCAACCCGCGCCAAGUCUUCGAUCUCACGCAGGGAGGACCUCGCGCCGGACUCGAGAUGUUCCGGAAGGUGGCCAACCUGCGCGUGCUUGCCUGUGGUGGUGACGGCACAGUGGGCUGGGUGCUGUCCAUCCUCGACCAGCUGAACUUCCAGCCGCCGCCCGCCGUCGCCGUCCUGCCCCUGGGAACUGGCAACGACUUGGCCCGCUCGCUGGGAUGGGGCGGAGGGUACACGGACGAGCCUAUCAGCAAGAUCCUGUGCAACAUCAGCGACGGCGAGGUGGUCUACCUGGACCGCUGGCGAGUCAACGUCGAGAAGAACACGGAGUGCGAGCCCACCGAGGACGGCAAGGACAAGCUGCCACUCAACGUCGUCAAUAAUUACUUCUCCUUCGGCGUCGAUGCCCAUAUUGCCCUCGAGUUCCACGAGGCCAGAGCUCGCGCAAAAUUGGAAUUUACAUAUAGAUUUUAG